AUGCCCCCUGACAGUUCGACUGUCGUUGCCAACUAUGUCUACCGUGUGCUCCACAGCGAGGUAAAUCAGUUACGGGGACUUACGCCUGAAUAAGCUUUUAGUGAGAACCAACUGGCCCAGCAUUUGCCGCACCCGCUCCUACUCACUCACCCGGGCCCAGUAUCAAGAUGACCUUAUUUUAAGAAGUAGAAUUAUACUCGACUGUGUUUGGUAAAGCUAAUUAAACGACACUGUACAUUUUAUCAGCUCUCAGUAAGUUUAACAAGUCGACUCAAGUUUGCAAGGCAUUAUCCCUGAGGUGGUAGUGGAGAGGAAGAAGAAGAAAAAGGAAAAGGAGAGGAAGAGGAGGAAUAGGAAGGAGAAGAAGAAGAAGAAGAAGAAGAAGAAGAAGAAGAAGAAGAAGGGGAGGAGGAGGAGGAGGAGGAGGAGGAAGAAGAAGAGGAAGAGGAAGAGGAGGAGGAGGAGGAGGAGGAGGGGGAGGAGGAGGAGGCGGAGGAUGAGGAGGAGGAGGAGGAGGAGGAGGAGGAGGAGGAGCAACAGCAACAGCAACAGCAGCAGUGGCAGCAGCAGGAAUAG